ACUAGCCAAGCACAUUUCAGUGGAACUUGGACCGAGUGCUCCGUCGAACGUAUGAGUAAUAUUUGAGGUGCAUCAGUCGGAAAGUCAGUAGGCUGGCAAAUCGCGCGUCGAGUGUCCUAGUCGGUGGUUGGAAGUGUUUGUGCUCUAAAUUCGUUAGGAACCAUAGUUUUAACGCCGGUAAAUCGAGUUCUAAAAGUGGCUUAAAAAGCUUACGAAAAGAGUUUUAAACUCAGAGAAAAUAUCACUAAAAGUUUUUAAGCCGACUUCAAAAUUAAUUUGUGAAAAAUCCAAACAGUGUGUAGUGUAACAAAGCGUUCAAAAUGUCGAUGGAUCCAACGGUUUCCUUAGAGGAUCUGGAGCGACGUCGACGUCGCGCCAGUUCCGCCCGAAAGCAGUCACAAACUCCUCAGGUGCCCGCCCACCUGGCGGAUUCGGAGGCCAUGGCCGUGAUCAACGAGAUAUUCAAUCCCACGCUGAAAAUACCCGAGUCCAGUGGCCACUACACGCUGCCCGAGGAGAUGAGUGCCGAGGAUAAUGUGGCGCCCCAUGAACUGGACAUUGCCAAGCUGGCGGAGCUGAAGGAAGUCUUCUCACUCUUCGAUACGGACUGCGAUGGAUUGAUCUCGAAGGAGGAUCUGCGCUUCACCUACACGGCCCUGGGAAAUGAGCCGAACGAGCAGCUGCUGGAACAGAUGAUGCAGGAGGCCAAGGAGCCACUUGACUACGAGGCCUUCGUGCGGCUAAUGAGUCGUCGCACCCAGGAGCUGGAUCCCGAGGAUGUGCUGCUCGAGGCCUGGAGCAAAUGGGAUGACCACGGCACGGGCAAGAUCGAUGAACGCAAAAUCUACGAGGAGCUGACCAACUAUGGCGACAAAAUGACCCUCAACGAGGCCAAGGAGGCUCUUAGCCAUGCGCCGAUGGCCAAGCCCAAGUCCUUGGAGGAGCCGCCCAUGAUUGAUUACCCGGCCUUUUGUCGCAUGCUCAGUGGAAUGCGCAAGCGAAAAGGGGAAUAGCCAACUAGAUGGGAGAUCUAUACAAAAAUUCUACUUAAAGAUUAUAAUAAAUUUACAGAUAAACGUUUAAAUGAGGGCUUAUUUGGUUUACAGACAAUUUAUUUUUUAUAGAAUUUUAGAUUUUAUUCAUUUUUAUUUAUUCUAAUCAAUUCAAUUAAAUUCUCAAAGCAUUUAAAUGCUUUUUAGUUUCUUAAAGAUAUAUCUUUUCUACAGACCCCAAUCUCCUGAUUAAAUAAAUUGAAUCAUUAGGAUAUUGUUCAAAGUCCACUUUCCACCAUAUCUUUUAUUAAUUGAUAAUUAUUUAAUAUUUUAACUGGAUAAGCUCUCAUUUCCUGUUCUGGUCAAAAUUACUUGAAGUCCCGAAGCAGCUGUGCCGAUGUGACAAUCGUAUUAGCCUUAACGCCAACUUUUGUUCGACUUUUUAUCAAAAUAAAUCGUGAAGAACCAGCA